UAAAAGGAGAGGAGAGGGAAAACAAAAAUGGUGAGGAAGCAAAAAUAGGCGCCUUCUUCAUUUUCUGUCCAUGCAACGAUACUCUAAUUUUCUGUCGUUUAGUACUUAAAACUAACUGAUUCACGUGAGCUAUGCUUCUCCACUGAUCAACACUGCUCACGCUUCUUCUUCUUCUUCUUCUUCUUCGUGUAUUUGCUUAGAAACCUGAAACGUAAUUUCUCCUUUUUCUGGUGGAUUAUGCGUGGUUUUUCUGGAUGGGAGAUGCAGAGAGUUGCAGUAGCAGAGCAGUGGAUUUUUUGCCCAAUCAGAGUCGAAACCACAGGCAAAAGAUUGAGGUAUAUAACGAAGUUCUUAAUCGACUCAAGGACUCCAAUGAUGAGGAGGCAAAGCUUCCUGGCUUUGAAGAUAGGCUCUGGGCUCAUUUUUGUAGGCUUCCUACUAGGUAUGCACUGGAUGUGAAUGCAGAGAGGGCACAAGAUGUCCUCAUGCAUAAGAGAUUACUUCAGCAGGCACAUGAUCCUGCUACUGGGCCUGCAAUUGAAGUUCGCCUUGUGCAGGUUCGCACUAUCUGUGAUGAAAAUUGUGGUGACUCUGUUCAUUCACAUUCUCCAGGAGAAGUGGAACUUCAAUAUUGUGAUCAUAUGUACAAGCAGAGCAUUCCUCCACCACCAGCCUUUGGUUCAUUGCCUGAGCUUGAACUUGUAUCUGAAGCUCGAGAGAAGGGUACCAACUUGAUUACGAGUCCACUUUACUCUCGGCUGAUGCAUGAAAUUACAAUUUCAACUAAUGAUAAACCAAAACUUUUAAGUCAGCUGACAUCCUUGCUGUCUGCGAUCGGUCUGAACAUUACAGAAGCACAUGCUUUUUCCACAAUAGAUGGCUACUCCUUGGAUGUAUUUGUUGUUGAUAACUGGGAACAUGAGGAGACUGAGAAGCUUAAACUUGUGCUGCUAAAGGAAAUUCAAAAAUUCGAGUUGAAAUCUAAUGCCAUCUACCCUGUUGCGGAGCAAGAGAAAAAAGUAACAAUCAAUCGUAUCUCUAAUCAUGCCAACAUAUCUGCUGACGAAAUGGAUGUUUGGGAAAUUGAUGCAAGCCUGUUGAAAUAUGAAUUCAAAAUUGCAUCAGGAUCCUAUGGAGAUUUGUAUAAAGGGACAUUCUGCAGUCAAGAUGUGGCUAUCAAAGUUCUUAGGACUGAACAUCUAAAUGAUAAAUUGCAAAGGGAAUUUGCUCAAGAGGUCUUUAUCAUGAGGAGAGUUCGGCAUAAGAAUGUUGUACAAUUUAUUGGUGCAUGUACCAGCCUUCCGAGCUUGUGUAUUGUAACAGAAUUUAUGUGUGGUGGAAGCAUGUUUGACUUACUGCAUAAACAAAAGCAAAGUUUUAAUCUCCAGGCCUUGCUCAGAGUGGCAAUUGAUGUUUCAAAGGGAAUGAACUACUUGCACCAUAAUAAUAUUAUACAUAGGGAUCUGAAAACUGCCAAUCUUUUGAUGGAUGAAAAUAGAGUGGUUAAGGUUGCUGAUUUUGGCAUUGCUAGAAUACAAGAUCAGUCAGGCGUGAUGACAGCAGAAACUGGAACAUACCGCUGGAUGGCUCCAGAGGUUAUUGAGCAUAAGCCUUACGAUCGUAAAGUUGACGUUUUCAGCUUCAGCAUUGUGUUGUGGGAGCUGCUUACAGGGAAGCUUCCAUAUGAGCACUUAACCCCACUACAAGCGGCUGUUGGUGUGGUCCAGCAGGGUUUGAGGCCUUCGAUCCCAAAGGAUACCCAUCCCAAAUUGGCGGAACUGCUUGAGAGGUGCUGGCAGAAAGACCCAUCUUUGAGGCCGGAGUUCUCUGAAAUUUUAGAACUGCUGCAACAGUUGGUCCGGAAGGUUGCAGAUGAAAGAGUGGAUGGAAAGGAAGAUAAAUCGUCCAGAAGAGCGGUAAGAGCAGUUAGGCGAGGAAAACAUUGAAAUAACAAGUGAGAAUAAUGUAUAUAUCAUUUAAAAGCUGUCUAUGGGUCAUUAUUUUUCUUUCUUUUACGUUUUGAUAUGGUCCCUUGUGGAAGUCUGUUCCACACUGAUGUAAAGAAUAUGAACCGGUAAAAUCGUCAGAACCACGAACCUAACUACUGUGUUGAAUGUAGACUUGUUAAUAGCACAACUGUUGACCA